AUGCGCAAGGAGCAAAAGUGGAAGCUGAACGAGCAGCAAGCCAUCAAUGACGAGCUCAAGGCAAAGGAAGACCGUCAGCAAGACCAGCGUGGGGACGUCGAGCGCCUGCGGGAGCGCCAGACUUGGCAGGCUCGCGUCGCUGCGCUGCCGUUUCCGCAAUAUCAGCUUCCCAAGAAGGUUUUCAAGGAGGCUAAAGAUGAGCAUAAGAAGGCUGAGAAAGACUUCGCGCGGCUACAGCGUCAAACGGAGCCAAAUUUGCUGGCAGAGCGAGAGAAGGAUGCCUACCUGAAGCGUAACGAGCAGGUCGUGCCGAAGUGCGCGAACAUGGCCGAGAAGAGCGAGAACCAGGCAAGUAAUAUCAAGACUGCAAUCGAGGCGAAAAAACAGCAGAUCAAAGAGCUGGAUGGGGAGACUGCGGCCGCGAAGAAACUCUCGGAUAAAGCGAAGCAGGAUAUGCCCGGUCUGCAGCGGAACAAGACAGCUCUUGAGCGUGCUAUUGAGGAUAGGCCCGCAGACAUCGACUUUCCGGCCUAUAAUGAGCGACUCCGGGAAGUGACGAGGCAGAUUAGAGACAUUGACCCUAGGCGUGAGGAGAUUCGUCUAGAGAUCGGGAGUCUAAGCCAGCACAUCAAGCAGCGGGCCGCUAUCAUUGAGCAAGCAGAAGCCGAGAAGGCUAGCCUCAACACGCAAGCGGGCCAGCAGGCUAAAAAGCUCAAACGUGCCUCUCCGGAGGCGCACAGAGCCUGGGAAUGGAUCCAGAAGCAUCCCGAACGCUUUCAGGGUGAGAUCUACGGUCCUCCCAUAGUCUCGUGCUCGGCAAGGGAUCCGCGCUUUGCGCGACAGGUGGAAAGCGCGCUCGGUCAAGGCAAGAUGAUCGCGUUCACCGCCACUUCCCGGGAUGACUACCGCGAGCUGGGGAAGGUGGUGCAUGAUGAGUUGAGGUUGGAUCGGAUCAAUAUCCGGCAGUCUGGCACGCCUCUAGCUAACUUCAGGGCGCCGUGCACGGACGAGCAGCUCCGCUCCUACGGCCUGAAAGGAUGGAUACUUGACCUUAUCGAAGGGCCGGAGGCGUGCUGGCUAUGCUGUGCGAUAACCGCAGAAUUCACGCUACGGGAUAUAUGA